AUGGAUUUCGGGUCCUUGGAGACGGUGGUGGCCAACUCCGCCUUCAUCGCCCGCCCGUGCAGCUUCGAUGGCAGCAGCGGCCCGUCCUCCCGGGACAGGAAGUACAUGGCCAGGCUCCGGCUGCCCGCACUGCCCAAGUGUGAGUCUCUUCGGGACAGCCUGGACCUGACGUUUCAGAACCUGUGUGUGGAGCAGCCCAUCGGCAAGCGGCUCUUCCAGCAGUUCCUGCAGGGAGAGGAGCAGCACGCGCCAGCCCUGGGCCUCUGGAGGGACGUCGAGGAUUAUGAUCACGGCGGCCGGAGCUGCGGCCACCAGAAGGCACAGACCAUCCUGGCCACGUAUCUGGACGCCCCUGCUCAGUGCUCCUGCAGCUUUCUGGAUAAGGAGAUCACGAGGCAGGCCCGGGAAGGCGCACGGCGGGUGGGGACCGGGCUUUUCCGGCCGGUGCUGAAUGCCACGCUGGCCCACCUGAGCCAGGCGCCCUUCCAGGAGUACCUGGGCAGCCUCCACUUCCUGCGCUUCCUGCAGUGGAAGUGGCUGGAGGCACAGCCCGUGGGGCAGGACUGGUUCCUGGACUUCCGAGUGCUGGGCAAGGGGCGCUUCGAGGUGUCUGCCUGCCAGAUGAAGGCGACCGGCAAGCUGUACGCCUGCAAGAAGUUGAACAAGAAGAGGCUGAAGAAGAGGAAGGGUUACCAGGGUGCUCUGUUGGAGAAGAAGAUCCUGGAGAAAGUGCACAGCAGGUAUGUGUCCCUGGCCUAUGCCUUCGAGACCAAAAAGACCUGUGCCUCGUGAUGACCGUCUAUGAACGGCGGGGACCUCAGGUUCCACAUCUACAACGUGGACGAGGAGCAGCCUGGCUUCCCGGAGCCCCGCGCCGUCUUCUACACGGCCCAGAUCAUCUGCGGCCUGGAGCACCUGCACCAGAGGAACAUCGUCUACCGCGACCUCAAGCCCGAGAACGUGCUCCUGGAUGACCACGGCAAUGUCCGGAUCUCUGACCUGGGGCUGGCCGUGGAGCUUAAGGACGGGCAGACCAAGACCAAGGGCUAUGCGGGGACCCCAGGGUUCAUGGCCCCAGAGCUGCUGCGUGGGGAGGAGUAUGGCUUCCCUGUCGACUACUUCGCCCUGGGUGUCACCCUGUAUGAGAUGAUGGCUGCCCGGGGUCCCUUCCGGGCGCGAGGAGAGAAGGUGGAGAACAAGGAGCUAAAGCAGCGGGUGCUGGGGUUGACCGUGCAGUUCCCCGACUCCUUCAGCCCAGCCAGCAGGGCCUUGUGCACAGCAUUGCUGGAGAAGGAGCCGGGCCAGCGGCUGGGCUUCCACGACGGUAGCUGCGAUGCGCUGCGUGUCCACCCACUCUUCCGGGACAUCUGCUGGAGGCAGCUGCAGGCAGGGACGCUGGUGCCACCCUUUGUCACCCGACUCCAGAACUGGUCUAUGCCAAGAACAUUCCAGGACGUCGGCGCCUUCUCCACCAGUCAAGGGGUGGGUCUUGGACUCGAGCGACUCGGGUAGUUCUUCCAGGAGUUUGCCACGGGCCUGGCUAGCUGCUGCAUCCCCUGGCAGGAGGAGAUGAUCGAGACGGGCAUCUUUGGGGAGCUGAUGUUGUGGCGGCCUGACGGGCAGAUGCCAGAUGACAUGAGGGGGGUGUCGGCGGAGGAUGGGGCCCCUCUUCCAUCCAGGUCCGGGAUGUGCCUGCUGUCCUAG